CAUACGUUUCUUCUCUCUCAUUUCACACACAGCUCAUUCACGAAAUUCAAUCAUUAGAAAUCUGAGAUGGAUAAUCCGAACGGAGAUCCGAUUUCCGACGAGAGCAGCAGUCUCCGGCGCCGGAAGUUGGGGGCUUUAUUCGCCGCCGACUUUAGCCCCAAUUUGGAAAACGAGUACGACGAAUCUGGCCGCCAUUCCCGCUCCUCCCGCCGGAUUAGUGAUGUCUCGCCGUCGCCGUCGACGACGCCGCCAUACUUCAAUCCGGCGUCGUUUUACUCCAAUCCGAACAGCGUCGCUUCUUCUCCGUACAACAAUUUUAUGUCGCCUUGGAGCCAAUCGUCGCCGUACACCAAAUCGCCGUGGAUUCAUCUCCCUGCCGCGACGCCGCCGUUGUCCUCCGCCGGCGACGGCCUGAUCGGGUCGCUCGUUCGAGAAGAAGGCCACGUUUAUUCGCUGGCGGCGUCGGGGGAUUUGCUCUACACCGGAUCGGAUAGCAAAAAUGUUAGGGUUUGGAAGAACUUUCGAGAAUUCUCUGGAUUCAAAUCGAGCAGCGGAUUGCUGAAAGCCAUUGUUGUUUUGGGUAAUAAGAUCUUCACAGGGCAUCAGGACGGGAGAAUUAGGGUUUGGAGAUUUACAGGGAAGAGCCACAAACGGAUUGGGAGCCUGCCGACGACCAGGGAUAUUUUGGUAAAAUCGCUCAAUCCGAGAAACUACGUUGAGGUUCGCCGGCACCGGAGCGUGCCGUGGGUGAAGCAUUACGACGCCGUUUCGUGCCUGAGCGUCGACGCCGAUCAAGGUCUGCUCUACUCCGGUUCGUGGGAUAAAUCGAUCAAAGUGUGGCGGAUCUCCGAUUCGAAAUGCCUCGAAUCGAUUCGGGCUCACGACGACGCCGUGAACGCCGUCGCCGUCGCCAUUGACGGCCUGGUCUUCACGGGGUCCGCUGACGGCACGGUGAAGGCGUGGCGGCGGGAGCUCGUGGGGCGGUCGACGCGGCACGUGCUGGUGGAGACGAUUCUCCGGCAGGAUUUCGCCGUCACGUCGCUGGCGGUCAGCGACGCUGCCCGGACGGUCUACGCCGGCUCCUCCCACGGCCUCGUAAAUUUCUGGGAACGAGCGCGCCAUUUCAUGUCUUACGGCGGCGUUCUGAGGGGGCAUAAACAGGCGGUGCUGUGCCUCGCGGCGGCCGGAAAAUUGGUCCUGAGCGGCUCCGCCGACAAGAGCAUCUGCGUCUGGCGGAGGGACGACGGCGGCACUCACACCUGCGUGACGGUAUUGACAGGCCACGCCGGCCCGGUGAAAUGCCUGGCGGUGGAAAGGAACGUCGCCGCCGUGGAGGAGGAGGACGACGACGAUAAGCGGUGGCUUGCGUACAGUGGAAGCUUGGACGGGAGCGUAAAGGUGUGGAGGGUGUCAGAGCAUUGACGGAAAAAGUUUCCGGCGGACGGAUGACGAUGAAAACGACGACGUAUGUCAGUUGGAAUGUGAUGGCGCGUCGAUUCACGCGCCUCUGCCGCGCGUGGACAUACCGGCCAAUGGGAAAAUGAUUAAUUGGAAGCUUCCAAGGUUGAAUUAGGAAAAAAUAUUUAGUUGACAAGCAACCUUAAUUUGAACGGACGGCUGUAAAGAGACGUUGGGGAUAAAAUCUCAGCAUAGCAAAGUAUAUAUAGCUUAGGCUAAAACUUUAAUGCUUACUUACAGAUGAAUUCAUUUCAUACAUUUUAUUUUUA